GUGUUUAACAGACUUGCAAACCUGGCGUGCAGGUGCAGUAUGUAAAUACGGAGGACGACUGAAUGACACGAUCGAUGCAUGCAAUGCAAGCAAGCGAUAACUGCGUGCCAGAAAUCCACCACGGAUUUGACUGGCUAAAAACGUGGCCAGAUUAUUAUCAUCUCCAUGCCAUACCCAUUGAAGAAGCAGAACCUCCCUCCUGCAUGCGUUUCAGUCUGCCCUUCUUCAGUAACUAAACCAAAAGAGCAAACAAAAUCUCGGUAGAAAAAUAGAUGCUUGCAAUAAUUCAACCAGCUGCUUAGGCUUCUUUUGCCGAUCGAUGAUCUUUUACUGCUCAACCUUGACGCUUGAGCGAUGACGAAACGAAUAAUCUGAGACCAACCUUAGGAGCAGUAGUACUGCAGAUUAAUUAAAGCUGACCCGUACGACGCCUACGGUUUGUCUGAGACACGCUCAAGCAUCCUCCAAUCGAGAGCCGCUGUACACAGCAGCUCAUUUCCGCACCCUGUACCAUGCCUUGACUAGAAGCAAGUCUUCGUCUUCCACCCACCGCACUGCUAGCGGCCGCUGCCCCGAACUCGAGUGGGAUGGUUGCAUUGGGCGGAGAGGUAGCAUCCUUCUGGUCACAAUGGAACAUCCAGAUUCUGGUGAUCCUGAGCUUCACCCUGCAAGUCACCCUCCUCUGCUGUGCAGGGAUCCGCCGCCGUGAAGGCUCAGCUCCGCCGAGAAUCCUCCUCUGGCUGGCGUACCUGAUGGCCGACUACACCGCCAUCUACGUCCUUGGCCACAUGUCCAGCACCAUGAGAAGAUCAGAAUCAUCAGACCACCACCGCCGCCGCCAGAUGGUGCCAUUCUGGGCUCCCUUCCUCUUGCUUCACCUCGGCGGGCCGGACACCAUCACCGCCUACGCGUUCGAGGACAACCGGCUCUGGCUGCGCCACCUGCUCAACCUCUCGGCGCAGGUUCUUGGCGCCGCAUACGUCAUGUACUUGUUCGUCACUGCCGGCAGGAACCCUGAAGGGACGCUGAUCGCCGCUGCUGCGUUGAUGUUCGUCGCUGGCUGCCUCAAGUACGGCGAGAGGAUAUGGGCGCUCAAGUGCGGCGGCAUCGAUAGCAUCACGAGCUCUGUCGACGAUGACGGCAAGCCGUCGGUCGGCGCAGGUGGCCCUUACCAUGGGAGGAAGGAGGGAAGGGGGAGGCUUGACACGGAGGAGGUCCUGCUGGGAGCCCACUACAUGCUCACUUUCUGGAAGGGCCACCUGGCCGAUUGGCCAGUGAUGCAGUCGUUUCAGUACCAAACCGUGCGGCAAGGCAUCCAGCUGAACGGCGGCGGGUACCUGUUCGAGCUGGCCGCCAUGGAGCUCUCCCUCAUGUACGACAUUAUAUACACCAAGGCGGCGGUGAUCCACACGUGGCAUGGCCUGUGCAUCCGGGCCGUCUCGUCGCUCGCCGCGGUCGCGGCGUUCGUGCUGUUUCAGCUCAGCGGCAGGGGCGCCUACGGCAGGGCCGAUGUCGCCGUCACCUACGUCCUGCUGGUCGGAGCCAUGGCGUUGGAGCUCGCGUUGUCGCUCAGGGCAGCAGGGUCGUCCUGGGCGUGCGCAUUCUUCCAUGCCCGCGGAUGGCACCGGCUUUGCGGCGCGGUGAUGCACCUCCGCCGGACGCUCAAGGUCGGGGCAAGGAGGACUGCUUGCCUGGACUCGCUUGGUCAGUACAACCUGCUGGACAUCUGCACUGACGCUGACAAGGACAGCAGCCUGCUAGGCAAGGUAUGCAAGAUGCAAGAUGGUCGGACUCGGGGACCGGUGGAAGGUGAUGCACUACUCGAGCACCGUCCCCAUCUCCGAUGGCAUCAAGGCCCUGGUGCUGGAGGAGGUCAGAAAGAGGAAAAUAGAUGACCUGAGGAACGCACGGGGCAGGUGGAUCCUCAAGGAGGAAGGGAUGUACGAGGAUUUCACCCGGAUCGCCGACGACACCGAGCUGGAUCGUAGCAUCAUUGUGUGGCACAUCGCCACCGAUCUCUACCUCUCUCCAUGUGCCCCGACCCUGACCCCGGCGACGAUGACGACGGGGAGAUUCGGGAACACAUCAGGGUGCUCUCCAACCACAUGUUGUUCCUCAUGGUGGUACAUCCCUACCUGCUGCCCGGAGUCGUCCGCACUGGCCGGUACAAGGAGAACUUGAAGUACUAUGACUUGGUGUGGUGGGUUAAUCUGAGGUCCACCAAGGAAAGCACCAAGAAACAGCCUAGACCGGAAAUCAUCAAGAAGAUAGCCGAGUGGCAGCUCCCGGCUGAUUCGAGGCACAAGUACGUUUACGGCAUCGGCGACGAACGUGCCGACGAUGUCGACGACGGGCCGCUCUACGCCGACGGAGCCUGGCUCGCCGGGAUGCUGCACGGCAACAGGUGGUGCUUGACCCCCGCCGACGUGCUGCGGGUGAUCGCCGGCGUGUGGGUGGAGAUGCUGUGCUACGCGAGCCACCACUGCGGCCAGGAGUCCCACGGCAAGAAGCUGAGCACCGGAGGAGAGUUCAUGAAUGCCGUCUGGCUCGUCUUGGGGCAUGCCACGCAGUACGACAGGUUCGCGCCAUCUGGUGAGAAGUUGACAGGCGGGUUAGGGCUCAGCAAGCCUGAGCGCAAGCGGAAGCGCCCUGCCACAUGGUCGCGGAUGAUGCCGCCAGAGGCGGAUGUAGGAGGGGCCUACCGAUCCCGGCCACCCGGUGUACCGUUGCCACCCGGUGUUCACCCUGCGUACUGGCCCUUUUUUGAUGUCCAAGCACGCCAAACACCGGCCACGUCAUCUGCAGAAGGACAUCACCAAUAAAUACAGUACAGGAGGGGCAAGCACGGCUUGGAAGCUGAUCAAAAUUGCAUAUGUUUGCUCUCUGUAUAAAGGAUGUCCAGCGGCAUGAAGGACCCAAUUAUUUCAUUCAUUAAAAGAUGCACAAACACAUUGUAUGACACAAACAUUGAGCUUCGAAUGUACUACAAAAUCAAUGAAGCAAGAGCACCAUAACGUAUCAAAAA